GCAGCGAGCGGCGGGGUUAAGAGCGUCGCUGCGGGCCGGGCCUAGGCACGAGACCCGAGAGCUGAGUCCGCUCCUCCGACCUGGAGCUGCGGUCCCUGCCAUGGGUCGCCUCUGCCUCUACCGUCCCACCCUGCUCCCGGGUGGCCUCCUGUUCCUCCUGAUGCUCGCAGAUCCGGCGCUCCCGGCUGGAAGUCGGCCACCGGUGGUGCUGGUGCCCGGUGAUUUGGGCAACCAGCUGGAGGCAAAGCUGGACAAGCCGUCCGUUGUGCACUACCUCUGCUCCAAGAGGACGGAUAGCUACUUCACACUGUGGCUGAACCUGGAGCUGCUGCUGCCUGUCAUCAUUGACUGCUGGAUCGACAAUAUCAGGCUGGUCUACAACCAAAUGUCCCGCACCACCCAGUUUCCCGAUGGUGUGGAUGUGCGUGUCCCUGGCUUUGGGGACACCUUCUCACUGGAGUUCCUGGACCCCAGCAAAAGCAGCGUGGGUUCCUAUUUCCAUACCAUGGUGGAGAGCCUUGUGGGCUGGGGCUACGAACGAGGCAAGGAUGUCCGGGGGGCCCCCUACGACUGGCGCCGAGCUCCAAAUGAAAACGGGCCCUACUUCCUGGCCCUCCGCAAGAUGAUCGAGGAGAUGUACCAUCUGUACGGGGGCCCUGUGGUGCUGGUGGCCCACAGUAUGGGCAACAUGUACACGCUCUACUUUCUGCAGCGGCAGCCACAGGACUGGAAGGACAAGUACAUCCGUGCCUUUGUGGCACUGGGUCCGCCCUGGGGGGGCGUGGCCAAGACCCUGCGUGUCCUGGCGUCAGGAGACAACAACCGGAUCCCGGUCAUUGGGUCCCUGAAGAUCCGGGCACAGCAGCGGUCUGCCGUCUCCACCACUUGGCUGCUGCCCUACAACUAUACCUGGUCACCACAGAAGGUCUUCGUGCGCACACCUAAGGCCAACUACACGCUGCAGGACUACCACCAGUUCUUCCAGGACAUCGGCUUCGAAGACGGCUGGUUCAUGCGGCAGGACACGGAGGGGCUGGUUGAGGCCACAGUGCCGCCAGGCGUGCGGCUGCACUGCCUCUACGGCACGGGCGUCCCCACGCCAGAGUCCUUCGACUAUGAGAGCUUCCCAGACCGUGACCCGAAAAUCCACUAUGGCAGUGGUGACGGCACUGUGAACUUGCAGAGUGCCCUGCACUGCCAGACCUGGCGCGGCGUCCAGAAGCAAGAAGUGUCACUGCAGGUGCUGCCAGGCAAUGAGCACAUCGCUAUGCUGGCCAACACCACUACCCUGGCCUACCUGAAACAUGUGCUUCUCGGGCCCUGAUGCCCGUGGCGGGCAGGGCCAUGGGGUGACCCAGCCGCCGCUGCUUCUUCUGGCUGCUUGUACCAUGGCUCACAAGUUUAGCGGUUUGUGACUGAUCAUCUAAACUCCUAGAUCUUGAGUUGUGAAAUGGGGAAAUGGUGUUUUUUUAUCCUUCCUCUCUGGAAUUGAGGAAGACAUAGUCUGGACUUACUUGAGGGACCCUUGAUGGCAAGAGUGCUACUGCUGGUGGAAUUGUGACCUCAGGAUAGCUCCAUAGGGGGAUUGACUGGCACCUGGCCCCACUCGCCAGUGCUGGGACCAUGUGUUCUUCCUACCCCCGUGGCCUUUUCACACUCAUCCACCAGGCCCUGGCUCCUCAGCCUUCUGAUGAGGGAUCUUACUGGCCUGUGGUCCCUAGGACAGGCUCCCGGUCUCAAGGGUGCACCUUCUCACACACUGGCCACACGUCGGCCUGCUACUGGCCAUGAGUGGCUGGAGCUGCUGGAUUCCCUGUGGCCUAACUGCUCACUCAGUCCAACUGUGGCUUUCUGGGAGCAGCCUAGUUCCCCCUGCAGGCAGGGGUGGGUUGUUGUCUUCUCCAUGUGUUCCCAGGGCCUGGGGCAUUCACUCCUACCUCUCUUACCUCUAAGAACAGCCUAGCUCAGGGCUAGGGACUGGGUCCCAGGAGCCCUGAUCUCCAUGGUUGGGCUGUGCACACAGUAUUGAUGCUAUCUCCCUUCACCCUGGGGCUGUGGGUCAAGGAUGAGAGCGGGCCUGGUGCUUCGCCCUUUAGGUACUCAUGAAGAAACAGAACUCAAGGAAGCAGCCAAGGCCAGUCAGAGCUGCGCAGAGCUGCCCUCUUGCUAACCUGCCACAUAGCUAGCUGCCCUGCCCUAGGGUCUCUGUAGCACCCAGGUAGGCUGGCACAGGACUGAGAGGAGGUGGGACUCUUGCCCACUCUGCCCAGCACUUAUCUCCAGCAGGUAGCUCAGUGGUGUUUAGUGAGCAGGGACGAGCCCAGAAACUCGAGUGCGCCCCUGAGAGAGCCAGGUGCCUUGAGGGUCCCCUGGGGGUUUUCUUCCUGCUCCAGAGGCGCUGCAUGACUCUCCCUGUGACAGGAGGGAAGGAGGAUCAGGAUCUGCCUUGGUGGUCUCCAAGUGGGCGACACCCAAGACUUGGGUCUGGCCUCUAGGGUGGGGCCCUAAAGCCACAGUCAGGCUGGACUGUGCUUCGCUCCUCCAAGGUUUCUGAGAAGUGGGAUUUUCUCUGUCGCAUUCAUACCCAGCAUCAGUUUUCCCCUUUGUUCCUGAGUGGGGGGCCCUGUAUGGGACUCUUAAGCAGGCUGUACCUCAAUUCUGGCAAUAAAAGUAUUCUGGAUGCUGUAAAAUGCCCUGGCCUAGCCUCUGCUCUGAGCACGAGAGGAGGGAGGUAGUGGAAGGUGAGGGGGCUAGAGAGGCAGGUAAUCAGGGGGUUAGACCCUGACCUUUCGUGGGGACUUGAUGGGGUCUUUCAGCACCAAAGCGUGGCUCCUGGGCUCUUUUUGGGCUUUAUCCUCCUGCCCUCUCUCCAGGAAUCUAGUUCCCGUCCUGGGACUGAGAACCAGAACCUGAAACAUUCCUGUUGGAGUGAAGUUCUUGUCCUCUCCCUUCGCCUAUCUGGUCAACAGACCCCAAAUGUCACCUGAGAGCUGGCAGCCAAGGGCAAUUCUGUCGGUCACCCUGGCUGGACUCCCCUUCCCAGCCUCUACCCUCCCUCAACUUACAGGUCUCAGCAUUCUUUGAAAUUUUUUAGGAUGCCACCCUUCUACUUAGCUUCAUAAGCUCAUCUGCCCACCAUCUGUCCAUCUUUGGGGACAGGGUAAGACUGAGGAAGGGGGAGAGACCAAGAUGGGCAGAGACAGGGACUGAGAGACUGGGGAGCAAACAAAGAUGGAUAAGGACAGAGAAACAGAGCGUCUGAGACAGGAAAACAUGCAUAGGGAUGGGAUUCAGGCCUGAAUUCUGUUGGGCAGAGCUGAGGGCCAGUGUGGGUGGUGGGAGCCCCAAUUCCUGCCUCCUUCAAUAGGAGCCUGGCUAGCCUAGGUUUUAGGCAUCAAUACAUCCUGGGCCAGUAGAGGGCGAUCUGAACCCUCUCACUACACCAGUUACUGGCCAACCUGGAAAAAUGUGUUGCGCUGAGGGUUAGGAUGUCUAGAAGUACAUUGGAUGUAUAUCUAGAAAUAGAAAUACCGCUGGAUGUCUGGAAAUCCAGCUGCAUCUCUGGCCUUAGAGAAAUGAUGACAAUAUGAAAGGGAGUAAGCCCUUACCCCGAGGUGCUGCCCAGCCUGUUAGCUAUGCCCUGACAUCUUAUCUGAUAUUCACUGCCUUAUAGCCACCUUCACCCCUGACCUAUUUCAACCCCACUUCUACCCUCAGUUUCACAGCUGCAGAGAAAGGAUAUGGAGUCAGAGCAUGCUUCAGGACUGGCAGACAGGGGUUCAAAUCUGAGUUUUACCAGCUCCAGCUAAGUAGUCUGACUCCCUGAGCCUCAGUUUGUUCAUUUGAAGAGUGGGGAUGAAUAAAUGUACCUUCCAUGUGGUCCUGAGGAACACUGAUGGUGUUAGAGAACAUCUGAUUCAGCACUUGAUUCAUAAUAGCUUUCAGGUGGCAGGAUGCUGGCAGGGUGUGAGAAAGUGAAGCCGGAGGUUCUGGGAGUUUGCAGGCCAUGUAUGUUGCUGAUACAAGGACAAGUGGACUGGCUGCCGUUGAGUGACACAAGUAUCCAGAGCUCUUCCUCUCCAAGCCAGAGAGGUAGGAGGGACUGAUCCAGGGGGCAAAGGGUCAGACUCUAAUGAUUCCAAAUAUAUACAAGCAGACAUACCUCAGACAUACUGCGAGUUCAUUUCCAGACAACUACAAUAAAGUGAGUAUCGCAGUAAAA